AUGCUUAAAGCUGCAAUUGUUUAUGAGAAAGUGUUCACUAGAUUAGUUGAUGAAGACAUGAGUUAUGUUAUUGACCUAUCUGAAGUAAGGGAUGGAUUUGGUCACCCAGAUGAAACUGAUUGGGAAAAUGUGAAGAAGAUGGCUGAUUUUCUAGAACAUUUCCAUGAUCUUACUGUCCGUGUCUCUGCUACACUCCAUGUUACUUCACAUACAUUCUUUCAUGAGAUUGGAGAAGUACACUUGUUGAUUCAAUCCUGGUUGAACAGUACAGAUGUUGUGCAAUCAGCUAUGGGCAGGAGAAUGAAAGAUAAAUUUGACAAAUAUUGGGGAUUUUGGCACACCAGCAAUAGCAAUACAAUUGUGAAUGACAAGGGGAGGGGAAAGGGAAAGGAGAAGGAGAACAUAAAUUUAUUGAUUUUUGUUGCUGGUUGUCUUGAUCCAAGAUACAAGUUAUCUAUGUACACAAAGAUAACUAUUGAAGAGAUAUUUGGUGAGGAAAGGGGACAACUAGUUUGGGAAGCAAUUGACACUUGUGUUCAUGAGUUAUUUGAAGAAUAUAAGAAAAUGUAUGGUCCAGCUGAAGAGACAUCUGAUGCAAUUGAUCCAGUAGCAUCAAAGGGAGGUAGAGGGGGCAAACUGAAGGAAGUCAUCGCUAAGAGGAUGAGACUAGGCAAUGCUUCAAGCAACAAUACCAAGUCUGAACUUGACAAAUAUCUUGCUGAAGAAACUGAAGACACCGAAAUGAAGAUUGACCUUUUAGUGUGGUGGAAGGCAUCUGAGCAGAGGUUUCCAAUUUUGUCUCGCUUGGCCCGCGAUGUUCUUGCUAUACCUAUCUCAUCAGUAGCUUCAGAGUCGGCAUUUAGCACAAGUGGACGCAUUCUAGAUGACUUCCGAAGCUCCCUUACUCCAUUCAUGCUUGAAGCACUAGUAUGUACACAAGAUUGGCUAAGAUGGUCGGUACCCGUUGACAUUGAAGAGAAUAUCGAGGAAUUAACCAUGAUUGAACAAGAAUUAAUUGAGGAAUUUGGUGCAAAAGAAAAAGGUAAACAACAAGCUUCCACUUCAAGGACACAUGCAACGGCAACGGGAAGCAACUCCAUUGCUGCUGCUGGGACAUGUACAUCUUAA